AUGUCCCAUCUGAUCGGAUACAACCUGGGUGCUCUCCAUCGGACAAGUCGCGAAUUCAACAGAAAGAUAGAUUCCGCAUACUAUACUUCAGUGGCGACAAUCGAUGAGAACCCUACAAUUCCCAGCCCAAGCACUUUCGAUCACCUAAACAACUCGCAUCAGGACAAUCUGCCCACUCCAUCCCAGUGCGCAGUUCAUCUAGAAUUGCUCGAAGUCUUUCACGCACUGCGCAUCAAGGUCUUGGAUUCCAAAGCCCUUGAUAAAGCGUUCGACUUGGGUAGUCCUACUAAAAAGGUUUACCGGCGCAAGUUCGUCAAAGGCCUAAACAAGUGGGUGAAUCAAGAGACUACCUUGCGAGAUCUGCAAUGGGAAAACAGCCAGGACAAGAAGUGGGCGUUUUACCUUGGUGGAGCAGUGCGAAGAUUUAUGGUAUGGGCUAAUGACUAUAAUUCUUCGCUUGCUUCUGGAGGGAAGAAUCAUUGGAUAGAUGACGGCGAUGGCCGAAUAUCAAUGUCUGACUCUUUAUAUUUACCUCCCGUGGAUGUACUCAUGGUCUGGCAUGCCUUCUUGCUCAACCCCAGUGACUUUCUAGAGUAUUGCCAAACAAAUUCCUUGAAGUACCUCCCAAGGGUGAACUUCCCAUGGACUCUGAUUCACAAGUCCAUCUGGUCUCAUGGCCCCAUCCGCGAUACUUGGGAAUAUAACUCAGACACCUGGCAAGUCCCGAAAGGAGAGUCUGUGUUCUCCGGUAAUUUGCUCCAUUCCAUCAUCAAGGAAGGCUGUACAAAAGGCCUAGACAUCAACAAUGACUUUCGCCCUGACAUUGUCUGUGACCUCAUUAACAAUGUCGAGCGCCAGCGCGCCUUUGUCAAGAAGAUGAACGCACACCUCUGGAUUCGAAGCCCAGCCUUGCAAGGAACUCUCCAAAGAGCAGUCGACCGCUACGAGAACUAUCUCGAGCUUUUCAGGCUCUAUCCAGGCAAGAUGCUGGUGCCGACGCUAGACAUCGACCUUGUAUGGCACACAAGUCAGCUUUCGUCCGCAGCGUACGAGACUUCCAUGAAGGCACGGUGUGGUCGUUUCAUCAACCACGAUGACAAGAUUAGGAGAUAUCAGCUAGAUGCUGGUAGUGAUGAGACGCAGACUCUUUAUCGUACCCGUUUUGGAUCAGAGUACCAUGUUUGCUUGUGCUGGGAAUGCCAGGCUAUCACGUCAGCCGUGGAAGAUUCCGAGAGGGAUGGAUAUCUCGAAGAACAGCAGUCCUCCACGUUUGCUGAAGACCUUGCGGAUAAAGUAAUGGCAGAUGUUGAGUAUCACCGCGCAGUCGAGUCUGCAAGGCGGAGGAAUCAUGUUAAAUUACCUAUUCGUGUAGAAAAGUAG